AUGAGGCCAAAAGUCACUGGUCGACGUAAGCUCUCGGCUCUUGUAAGUAAGCAUGGCCUAACUAAACGUAAGUCAGAAGCUUUACCUAAAUCUAAGUCAGAUGAUAUUGCUAGUCAGUCGUCACCCGUUGUAAUUGGUCGGCAGCUUAAUCUCUCUGCACUUGACCACUGCAAUGACUUUAUGCUAAAGUUUGGCUCUUUGCUGACAAUUCUUGGACAUUUAUUCGACGGGAACAUCUCCGAUAUUCCCUCUGAAGAAUGUAGGCGUCUCGACUCACUUGUUCACCUGAUCGCCAGUGAAUCUAGUGAUAGACAGAAGCGUUCUUACAACUUCCUGCUAAAAAAUGUUCCUCGAUCUGCUCGGCCAAUUGAUGUUGCGACCAAUUUCAUGUAUUCAUGUGGUUUCAACUAUAAAAUAGCCGAUGCCAAACGCUUGUCCUCCCGUAGUACAAAUCCACCCAUCUUAGUCCAAUUGUUUUCAUCAAUCGAGGUUUACACAAUCUUUACUCAUUGAGAGCGUGUCACUGCGUACCUAGAGAAGGCAAAAUUUUUCCUUUGUCAUGAUCUUACUCCUAUGGAGCGUAGAAAGGGUCUCUAUUCUCACGUAAACCCACUGCUUCUCAGUCUAAUGCUCCCCAACUCGGUCAUAAUACAAGUGGCCGUAAGGAUUCAGCUUCUCCUACUCCGGCGACAUCUGACUCCCUCCUUCCUCUUUCUCCUACAUCUCCAUCUCACUCAAGCCACUUGACGCAUUUGCCUGCCCCUAACCUUGCAGCAGCAGCAGCAGCAGCAGCAGCAGCAGCAGCAGCAGCAGCAGCAGCAGCAGCAGCAGCAGCAGCAGCAGCAGCAGCAGCAGCAGCAGCAGCAGCAGCAGCAGCAGCAGCAGCAGCAGCAGCAGCAGCAGCAGCAGCAGCAGCAGCAGCAGCAGCAGCCCCAUUUGUCGUUUCGUAUCCUCCGGAUAGUCCCACUGAGACACAUGAAAAUCCGUCUACAUCAGCUAGACCGCUAA